AUGGACAUCUCCUCACGGAAUCUCACGUCAAGUCAAGAUUCUCAGACCCCGCCGGUCAUAGGUGAUAUCGGUCGGAUUACCCAGCGGCAAUAUGGGAUAGCCGUUGGCAUUUUCUUCGCGUUGGCAGCACUGUCGUUUCUUGGCCGCAUCUUCAUCCGACUCUUUACCCGACGACGCCUCUAUUUGGACGAUGCAUUCCUUAGCUUUGCUUUUACCACGCUGCUGAUAGGAACGGUACUGGGCUUUCUCCGUGCAUACACCAUCUACUUUCAGAUGGCAGCAUUGGAAGGAAAUGUUGACGCACUUCUCUUUCUCGCCUCACAUUUAGAAGAACAUGCGAAAGAUUAUGGCUUUAAUAUCGCCUUUAUAGUCCUUCUCUGGACCACAGUCUUUGCCGUCAAGUGGUGCUACCUGGCAUUCUUCCACCCUCUCCUGGUGGGGAUGUCACGCUGGUUUAUCCUUUAUUACCGUUGCACUGUGGGGCUAUCCUUUAUUUCGUGGAUCUUGAGCGCCUUUGUCGCACCGAUCGUUCCUUGUCCGUAUACAGGAAUGAAGGCAAUCUCAAAAUGCUUCCCCUCUUUACCUGUGCCGAACAGCACGGUCCUCGCAAUGGUCUGGCUUCCACCGAUUUUGGAUGCGCUCACUGACCUGAUGAUCAUUAGUAUUCCAAUGCGAUUGCUCUACAAAGUACAGUUACGAACCUUGACGAAAUUAGGUCUUGGAUGCUUCCUGUGUCUCUCGAUCUUCAUGUGCACAUGCUCCAUUAUUCGCACCGCAGGCACGUGGUACCACGGACUUCUCGACUACCCAUGGCAGGUAUUCUGGCUUCAUCUGGAGGGAUGCAUUGGAGUUACCAUGGGAUCCAUCACCGUCUAUCGGUCCACUUUGAUCGGAUCCAACGAGGUUUCAACUGCGUUCAAGAAAUACUUCACCCGGAUCAAGGACGCCGUGUUGGGUUCGUCGAGUGGCACAGCAGAGGGGUCACCAGCGGAGGAAAACAAAACCCAGACACGUCAAAUCAGACUACCGUCCAUUCCGCAAGCGACCAUCACGGGGUUGCUAACGUGGUUUGGUCUCUCCAGGAAGGACCCUUCGGCUUCCCAUGAUGGCUCCGGGCUCACCAGCUUUAACAGCGAUAUCGAUUACCAUACUUUGUUGAAAGCUCCCAAGGCAGCGGCGAAUCAACGUCAAUGA